AUUGAACGCCGUAAGCGUAAUCCUAAAUUCUGGUGGGCGUUGCUUAAGACUUUUGGCCUACAGUUUAUAAUCCCGGUCACUAUUUUUGGCACCGGGGAAUGUAUAGUACGAAUUGGUCAACCCCUACUUCUGGGCUUUGUGCUUGACUAUUUCAGAGGAGCCAACCACAUGAGCUAUCAACAUGCCUGUAUGGCUGCGGGUGGUAUUGUAGUUUGCUCAGCCCUGUACAUCACACUACACCACCCGUGCCUAAUGCGUAACCUACAGGUGGGCAUGAGAUUGCGUAACGCGUGCACUACUCUCAUGUACCAAAAGUGUUUAAAACUGAGCCAAUCAUCGCUGGCAAAGACCACUGUCGGCCAAAUAAUCAAUAUUAUGUCCAACGAUGUCAACCGGUUUGAUGAGUUGAUCAUGGGUAAACUAUUUUCGCGCUUCAGACAACAAACAGCAAAAUUAACAGAUGCCCGAUUACGGCUAAUGAAUGAGAUUAUUUCUGGUAUGAGAGUGAUCAAGAUGUACACAUGGGAGCAGUCAUUUUCGGACUUUGUGACCAAAGCUAGAAAGUUGGAAGUGAAUGACAUACGCAAAGUGUGUUACUUAAAAGCGGUCAAUUUGUCACUAUUCCUGAUCGCCACCAAGAUUAUAUUAUUUUUCUGUUUCCUGACGUAUGUACUAUUAGGUCACGUUCUCAGCUCCAAGAGUGUGUUUGUCACAAUGGCACUGUUCAAUAUGCUACGAAUCACAUUAACCUGGAUAUUUCCCCAGGGUAUAGCCCAGGGGGCUGAGCUCUUGGUCACUUGUCGUAGAAUACAAAGCUCACUGUUAAUGGCACUGCUCAGGGAACUGGAGCUAUUGAGUGGGUCUAUUCAUAUCAACGGCACAGUUAGCUAUUCAGCUCAAGAGCCGUGGAGUUUCAACAAUAGUGUCCGAAAUAACAUAUUGUUUGGCCGCGAGUACGACGAGCGCCGGUAUAAAGAUGUGGUACGAGUGGCGGCACUCGAGCGGGACUUAAAGAUAUUCCCGUUCGGCGAUCGGACACUAGUGGGCGAAAAGGGUGUAUCACUCAGUGGUGGUCAAAAAGCGAGAAUAACGUUAGCAAGAUCUCUGUACAGAAACGCCGACAUAUGCCUUAUGGACGACCCGUUAUCGGCUGUGGACGCGGCCGUUGCCGAACAUAUAUUUGAACAGUGUAUAGUGGACUACUUGGGGCCCAAAAUCCGAAUACUAGUCACACAUCAAAUCCAAUUCAUACGAAAGGCUACGAAAAUCCUUGUGUUAGACGACGGAAAGUGUUUAGCUUUGGGAACGUUUGACGAACUGUUGGCCAAAGGGUUAGACUUUAUGGCACUCAUCGACGGCGACGACGACGACGAGGACGCGGACGCAGUGGUGGCCGAAAUCGAGGGCUUGAGUGCACACACGAUGUUAGCGCCCACUAAAUCACAACAAUCGGUCAGCUCUGUCCGCAGUAGGCGUAGUGUACGGCGCCUACUAAGCCAUACCAUUAUGAAACAAACCUCAGUUAUCGGGACCCAAGAGGAGGAGGAGGCGCCCCAAAUACAGGACGAGCAACAAAUAGUGGGCUCAAUCGGGGGUCGGGUGUACUGGGAGUACAUCAGAGCCGGCUGUGGUAUAAUACUGGGCACACUUACAAUACUGUCCACUUGUAUAUCGCAGAUUCUAUUUCACGCGUCGGAUCUAUGGCUAAUGCAAUGGACUAACAAAGAGAAAACACAGACUAAGGAGAAAAAUAAUUUCGCCCUGAUCAUUUACUCGGUACUAAUUGUGGCCCUAUUGCUGUCAACAAUGGUCCGGUCGAUGACAUGGUUUGCCAUUUGUAUGAUUGCCUCCAAACGUCUGCACAACACUAUAUUCAUACGGCUAUUGAGGGCACCGAUGGCUGUGUUUGAUAACAAUCCCAUCGGCCGUAUACUAAAUCGAUUCACGAAGGAUCUGGGUAUUAUUGACGAGAUGCUACCAUCCACCUCAUUCGAUUUGAAUCUGACCGUAUCGCAGGCAAUAGGCAUACUAGUGGUGGUGACUAUAAUAAACCCCUAUCUAAUAAUACCGGGUGUAAUACUAUUUGCGCUGACAAUAACUGUGCGCUGGCUUUACAUUAAAACUGCACGUGAUAUUAAACGGAUGGAGGGGCUCACUCGUAGUCCAGUGUAUUCACACGUGAGCACCACACUUAACGGGUUGGCCAGUAUCAGGGCGUACGGCGCUCAACAGGCAUUUCGUAACCAAUUUUACACCUACCAAAACGACCAUAGUGCCACCUGGUUUGUAUUGCUGGGCGCGUCGCGUACGCUGGGACUAAUUGCCGAUUGGUUGUGUGUCAUCUAUUUAGCCGUCGUGGCCGCAGUUAUAAUGGCAUUCAAGCAUGCCCUUAUGCUGACGGGUCAGACACAGUUCGGUGUGAGACAGUCGGCGGAGUUGGAGAGUCAGAUGACUUCAGUCGAGCGCAUCAUUGAGUACACAAAACUACCGCAAGAGGCAGACCUACUGUCCACUGACCAGAACCGACCCAAACCCAAGUGGCCACAGACCGGGGGUAUAGUCUUAGACCACAUGUCGCUCAUCUACGACAGCGCACCCGACAAACCGGUGCUCAAAGACAUCACGUGUGAGAUAAGGGGCGCCGAGAAGAUUGGUAUCGUUGGCCGCACGGGUGCGGGCAAGUCGUCCGUCAUAUCGGCGCUGUUCCGUAUGGUUGAGCCCACGGGUCGUAUAGUCAUUGAUGGUGUGGACACCAAAGCCAUUGGUUUGCAUGACUUGCGUCGAGCGCUGGCAAUCAUACCUCAGGAACCGGUGGUGUUUUCGGGUACAAUGCGCCGCAAUUUGGACCCCUUUGGCCAGUACUCGGACCCCGAAAUGUGGGCGGCGCUCGACGAGGUGCAGCUCCGGGCGGUUGUGGAUGAGCUGCCCGGACGGUUGGACGCCGAGCUCAGCGAAGGGGGCGCUAAUUUUAGUGUAGGUCAGCGCCAAUUGGUGUGCUUAGCCCGGGCUAUACUCCGUCACAAUAGGGUACUAGUGCUCGACGAGGCGACCGCUAAUGUCGACCACCAAACCGAUGCACUCAUACAGACGAGUAUAAGGACUCAUUUUCACGACUGCACUGUACUUACGAUAGCCCAUAGGCUUAACACUAUUAUUGAUUGCGAUAGAGUUAUGGUGCUCGACGCCGGGCGACUUCUAGAGUUUGACGCUCCGCACAGUCUACUCGAGAAAAAGGGCUCCUUCUAUGACAUGUGCCAAAAGACUGGCCCCGAUAUGUACCACCACUUGGUUGUAUCGGCACGCGAGGCAUUUGCCAAAAAUUUGCCACGCUCAUAUUUGUAA